GCGAGCCCAACUCACCUCCCCACGAUCGCCAAUGAAGCUGAACUCAGACUUCCGUCGACCGCUACUUUUCUUGUCUGUUUUUCUUGGCGGUGUCAUAGCGCAGAGUUCAACCGCCAGCUCGCCGGCUUCAACGGCUUCUGCCACUGUAGCCCCUCAAGCUAUCUACAAUGGAGGGUACCAGGAUGCCACGGAAACCCUUCUUCGCAUCGCGAACGGCGGCGCCGGACAAUCCGGUAUGGUUGAAGCAUUCGCAAACGCGUUCAUCAAGUAUUCUGUUGGGAAAGGCUCCAAACCUUUCUCGGUCUCUUGGAUCUUAGGAGAUACGACACAGAGUCUUGGUUUCAUUGCAGCGAAGCAAGCAGAUAUUGCGCUCACUUACAGCGCCGCCGCCGAAAACCAGUCCAUAGCGAGUGGGGCGUCUGUCAAGAAAGAGCUUGCAUUCGUGGACCACUUCUAUCUCGUGGGCCCAAAAUCAAACCCGGCACAACUGAUGGAUAAUGACUCUGUAUCCGAUGUCAUGAACAAGAUCGUCAUGUCCGGAAACGCCGAUGUAGCGAAACCACCCAGCGACCGACCCGCCACUCGCUUUCUCAGUCGUUACGACAAGAGUGCGACAAACAUAAAGGAAUCUGAGCUCUUCAUCUCGAUCGGACAGGUGCCAUGGGCGUACACAUACUCAACUUGGUACCACCAAUACCCCCGUUUCCCUCUUCAAGCACUCGAGGCCGCCUCCGUCCUUUCCGAAUACACCCUCACCGACCGUGGUACAUGGCUCUCCUCCGCUGCGUCAGUCACCGAUAAGCUGGUUAUCUACCAGGGUGCCAAGAACAUCACGACGACGACCACUGAUGAUAAGGGGAACUCCGCCGUCCUGCUCAACCCAUGCACCGCUGUCCUUGCCGCCACAACCACCAAUAAGGAGAUUUCCGAUUCGUUCAUGGAUUGGCUCGUUAGCAAAGAUGGUGGACAACAAGUUGUGAAAGAUUUCCAAAAGAACGGUCAACAGUUGUACACUCCUGCUUCGUCAUAGACAGGGACUUUAGCAGAUAUUACCUAUUCGUUCCAAGAGCUCAUUUGGUUCUACAGACACAUAUUCCGUUGUGCCGCGUAUAUAACAAGCCGGUCAUAAUUUUUACGCAUAAAGAUACCUUGAAGUCGACCAUGUAGAGGUCAAUGAACGCCACU